AUGAUGGACUGGAGGAAGAAUCUAGGCUUCUUAGAUCGAUUGAAGACUAUUCAGUCUCUUACAACGGCCCAUCAGCAAUCUUCCUCUGCCGCUGCAUUUAAGGAGGCUCAAGCACAGGCCAAGCAGUACGAGAAUGAAGCCCACAGCCAAGCCACUUCGAAGGAGGAGUAUGAUGAGAUGUGCCAGCAAGCAAUUGAUGCAGCUGAGACGAACACAUCUGCAAUAUCGGUCAUUUGCGAUGACCCACCUGAAAUUCAGGCUCAGGAUGAUUCACAAGGAUCAGCGACGUCAUCUCCCUCAUCAAUAGGUGAGACUAUUGGUGAAGAUGGCUCGUUGCAUGCCGUGAAGGUCACAGUCCCGCACUUGAUGGGAGCACCUCACGAUACUCAUCGUGAGGUGAGGCUGCUUCACGAGGCAUCAAAUACACAUGUAAUCCGCCUCAUAGAAACCUUCAAACUGGAUGAAGGCAGGUUUGUUCUGGUCUUCCCCUUCGUACAGUAUGACUUUGAGCACCUGCUUCGGCGGAAUAUGGUGACCGCCGCUCAGACAAGGUCUGCUUUACUUGGCCUGUUUAGUGGCCUUGCCCACAUCCAUAAAUUGGGAAUAAUUCAUCGAGACAUCAAGCCAUCCAAUAUCCUCAUGGAUUCUCCUGAUGGCCCAGCCUACCUAGCCGAUUUUGGAAUUUCGUGGAAACAAGGGGACCCUGGAUCAGAACCAUCUGAUCUCAAAAUCACAGAUGUAGGUACUACCUGCUACAGGGCCCCAGAGAUUUUAUUUGGGUACAAGGCAUAUGGAUUGGCUCUCGAUAUCUGGGCUGCUGGGUGUGUGGUAGCGGAAGCGAUUGCCGCAGACCAUCGCACAUUAUUUGACUCAGGGCCCUUGGGCAGCGACCUGUCUCUUAUUCACUCUAUUUUCAGCAAGUUAGGCACACCGAAUGAGAAGAGCUGGCCGGACGUUCAUGUCCUACCAGACUGGGGCAAGGUGACAUUCGAGUCUUUUCCAAACCAAUCAUGGGAUGAGAUAUUGCCCAGUACAUCGACAAAGGGCCGGGAUCUUGUUCAACAAUUGAUAUGCUAUGAGAGCCGCCAGAGACUUUCUGCAGAAGAAGCCCUUCGACAUCCAUUUUUCUCUAAACCUUAA